CUCCGUUGAUCAUGGAACAGCAGUGGAACCCGGCUUCCUAUCCCCAGUCCCCCUCCGCCAUCUUCCUUCUGGUGGCGACUUCCUACACCUGGCUACUUCCUGUCACCUCCCCCCAGCGGAUCCCCAUCGACCCCCAGGCGGCCCCGGAGUACGCUCACUCCAUCCGGCUGGACGGGGACAUCAUACUCGGAGGAUUAUUUCCGGUGCACUCGCGGGGGGACCGCGGCACGCCGUGCGGCGAGCUGAAAAAGGAAAAGGGAAUCCACCGCUUGGAGGCCAUGAUGUUCGCCAUCGACCUGAUCAAUAAGGAUCCCGAGCUGCUGCCGAACAUCACGCUGGGGGCCCGGAUCUUGGAUACCUGCUCCAGGGAUACGUACGCUCUGGAGCAGUCCCUGACGUUCGUCCAGGCCUUGAUAGAGAAAGACGGAUCGGACGUCCGCUGCGCCAAUGGAGAUCCCCCCGUCUUCACCAAGCCGGAUAAAAUCGUGGGAGUGAUCGGAGCCGCCGCCAGCUCGGUGUCCAUCAUGGUGGCCAACAUCCUGCGCUUGUUUAAGAUCCCUCAGAUCAGCUACGCCUCCACGGCCCCCGAGCUGAGCGACAACACGCGCUACGACUUCUUCUCCCGGGUGGUGCCGCCGGACUCCUACCAGGCCCAGGCCAUGAUGGACAUCGUCUCAGCGAUGGGGUGGAACUACGUGUCCACGCUCGCCUCCGAGGGCAACUACGGCGAGAGCGGCGUGGAGGCCUUCGUCCAGAUCUCCCGAGAAACUGGUGGCGUGUGCAUUGCCCAGUCCUUGAAGAUCCCCAGGGAGCCCAGGCCAGGGGAGUUUGACAAGAUCAUCAGACGGCUGCUGGAGACCUCAAAUGCGAGGGCCAUCAUCAUGUUUGCUAAUGAGGAUGAUAUAAGGCGAGUUUUGGAUGCGGCUAAAAGGAACAACCAGACAGGCCACUUCCUGUGGGUGGGCUCAGACAGCUGGGGCUCCAAGAUCUCUCCUGUGAUUGGCCAGGAGAGAGUAGCGGAGGGGGCCAUCACCAUUCUUCCCAAGCGAGCGUCUGUGGACGCGUUUGACCGAUAUUUCCGGAGCCGCUCGCUGUCCAACAACCGGAGAAACGUCUGGUUUGCUGAAUUCUGGGAGGAAAACUUCAACUGUAAACUGGGAAUGCACGGGAAACGACCCGGAAGCCUGAAGAAAUGCACCGGUUUGGAGAAGGUCGGCCGUGACUCCAGCUACGAGCAGGAGGGGAAGGUCCAGUUUGUCAUGGACGCCGUGUACGCCAUGGCGCACGCCCUGCACCGCAUGCACCGGGAGCUGUGCUACGGAUACCCGGGCCUGUGCCAGCGCAUGGCCAGCAACAUCGACGGCAAGGAGCUGCUCGGCCACAUCCGUGCGGUCAGCUUCAACGGAAGCGCCGGCACGCCGGUGGUUUUCAAUGAGAACGGAGACGCCCCGGGAAGAUACGACAUCUUCCAGUACCAGAUCACCAACAGGUCCAUCGCUGAGUACAGAGUCAUCGGGUCCUGGACCAAUAAAUUAGACCUGAAAGUGGAAGCCAUGCGUUGGAGGACAGGCGAUCCGUCCCUGCCGGCCUCCGUAUGCAGCGUCCCGUGCCGCACGGGGGAAAGGAAGAAGGUGGUGAAAGGCGUGCCGUGCUGCUGGCACUGCGAGCGCUGUGAGGGAUACCACUACCAGGCGUCAGAGUUCACCUGUGAGCUGUGUCCGUACGAGAUGCGGCCCGACAGCAACCGCACCGGCUGCGUUCCCAUCCCGAUCAUCAAGCUGGAGUGGCACUCGCCCUGGGCCGUGUUCCCCGUCUUCAUCUCCAUGCUCGGCAUCAUCGCCACCUCCUUCGUCAUCGUCACGUUCGUCCGGUACAACGACACGCCCAUCGUGCGGGCGUCGGGCCGCGAGAUGAGCUACGUGCUGCUGACGGGGAUCUUCCUGUGCUACGCCAUCACCUUCCUGAUGAUCGCCACGCCGGACGUGGGCGUGUGCUCGUUCCGGAGGAUCUUCCUGGGCUUGGGGAUGUGCUUCAGCUACGCCGCGCUGCUCACCAAGACCAACAGGAUACACCGCAUCUUCGAGCAAGGGAAGAAGUCCGUGACGGCACCCAGGUUCAUCUCUCCCGCCUCCCAGCUCGUCAUCACCUUCUCCCUCAUCUCGGUUCAGCUCCUGGGGGUCUUUGUCUGGUUCGCCGUGGACCCUCCCCACGCCGUGGUGGACUACGGCGAGCAGCGGACCCAGGACCCCAUGGCGGCUCGUGGGGUCCUCAAGUGUGACAUCUCGGACCUGUCGCUCAUCUGCUCCCUGGGCUACUCCAUCCUGCUCAUGGUCACCUGCACAGUUUACGCCAUCAAGACGCGAGGCGUCCCCGAAACCUUCAACGAGGCGAAGCCCAUCGGAUUUACCAUGUACACCACCUGCAUCAUCUGGUUGGCCUUCAUACCCAUAUUUUUCGGCACUUCGCAGUCUGCAGAAAGGAUGUAUAUCCAGACUACCACCCUGACUAUCUCCCUCAGCCUGUCUGCCUCCGUGUCUCUGGGGAUGCUCUACAUGCCUAAGGUCUACAUCAUCCUCUUCCACCCCGAGCAGAACGUACCUAAACGAAAACGGAGCUUCAAGGCAAUUGUGACAGCAGCCACCAUGUCGGGAAAAUUGACCCAGAAGGGAGGAGAUCGACCAAAUGGAGAGGUUAAGACCGAGCUGUGUGAGAGCAUGGAGACCAACAGUGAUUUCAUCAACUAAGACAACAUAUGUCAGCUACAGUAACCAUGCCAUCUGAAGGGACCACCGAAGAUCAAGGAGGGGAUUGGAAAGAAGAGGGGCGUGUCUUGGGGCAGGGCCAAGCGACCGUCGAGUGAAGCUGAUUGGCUGCCGAGGAUCUGACGGAGAGACAUGAGCGCCCAACGGAAUCCAAGCAUGAGACAUUUUGUAUUGUUCCCCAUCAAAACCACAGAGGUGGGACCACAUAAACAGCCAGUCGGUGUGCCUGCUUCCUGCUGCUCACAGCUCAUUGGUCCUGCCAUGAACUUACCUGUUCCAAA